AUAAAACCACACGUGAGAGGGUGUUAGCAAUAGUUUUCUGUUGAAUCAAACUCGGUCGCAAUGGAUUUUAUUCAAUUUCUCCUAGCUCUGGCAAUAAGCAUUCAUUUUGGAACGAGUAAAGUUAUAAUUGAUCCACACGAAGAAUUCGAGAAAUGUGACAAUGGAAUGCCGAUGUUUUCGAUGGAUUUAAGCCAGUUAGAAAUAAUGCGCCGAGAGGAUGAUUCAAUAAUUGCCGAUGGCAAGGUUCGAAUUACUAAGGCCUUGAACGCUCCCUUGAAGAUGUAUUACUACACCAAAAAACUGGAACGUGGCACAUGGAACCGGGGAGUCCUAAGUAGAGUAGUUCCGGAUUUCUGCGCAGCCAUGAAGCAUCCCUGGGAGCCGUGGUACAAUCUAACGAAAGAUAUGCCAUCGUGCCCUUUCAAAGCUGGGCAAGAGAUCGUAUUGGACAAGCUGCUGAUCGGAAAAGUGUGGGAAACAAUUCCUCCGCACUUCCUCGGCGAAUGGCGAUUCUACAACGAAAUGACCACCCCCAGGGGAGGAAUUCCGGAGUCGGAGUGCAAAAUGAUGGAAGUUACUGUUCAGGAAAGCCCUUGAAGGUUGAAAAAAUAAAUUAUCGAGAAAUUUUUCAGUCUCAAUAUAAAUUAGAAAUUUAGAAAAAUGUUGUUUAAAGUUGAUUAAAUUUCAAUUUGAUUUCCAAAUAAAUGUAUGAAAAGUU